AUGUCGACGGUCCAAGUCCCCCCUACGCGCAUGAACCUCACGGUCUACAAGGCCAAGCGCGUUGCGGCCAAGAAGGGCUUUGAUCUCUUGAAGAAGAAGGCCGACGCCUUGAAGAUGCGCUUCCAGGCCAUGCUUCGCGAGAUCCACUAG